CAUGUCAGCCUGCGGCCAGUAGUAUUACGCUACAUGUACAAGGAAACAAAAACGCGAAAGUCACACCCUUCCUUGGUUGCUAUAUAUCUCCAACACAGCCGGCCACCAGGGAUAAGCUUAGAAAAUGUCGAGCGAGGGACGAAAGUCGUUGCUGGUGGACAACUGGCAGUCAGGCAAGACCAUCACAGAGUGCAAUCUGCGCAUGCUCAACACUGGCGAUUUUAGUGACGUCACUUUUCGUGUGGGGUCAGACAAACAGGUGGUCGGAGCUCACCGCUACAUUCUAGUCAGCCGAUGCUGCGUGUUUCAUGCCAUGUUCUGUGGCCAUCUGGCGGCAGAGAAAGGGGAGAUAACUAUCCCUGAUAUCGAGCCGAAUGUUUUCAGAGAGUUUCUGAGAUACCUGUACACAGACGUGGCUCAUAUCACCAGUAAAACUGUCAUUGGAUUAAUGUACACGUCUCGGAAAUAUUACUCGGAUGAAUUGUUCAACCUGUGUCAAACAUUCCUGGAGACAUCCCUGUCUGAGGACAAUGCCUGUGAUAUCCUGGAGCGGUGUCAUGGUAACGGGGAGCUGGACCUGGAACUGAAGGCCCUCAAGAUCCUGACAGAAGGAGGGAAGAGAGUCAUCAGAUCUCCAGGAUUUGUGGAUAUUUGCUCUCAUUGCCUGGAGAAGUUCCUAAAGUCAGAAACCCUCAAGUUGAAGGAAGGAGAUAUCUUCGAGGCAGCUCUGUCAUGGACUAAGGCAAGAUGCAAGAAGGAAGGUGUGGUUGACACUCCUGAGAACAGACGGAGACUCCUGGGAGAAAUGCGGUAUGAAAUUCGGUUUACCAGCCUGUCCCUGGAGUACCUUCUGAAUGUUGUAGGUCCUUCUGGUGUUCUAACAGACACUGAGAGAAUUCGUAUGGUUGAAAAAAAUGUCACCUCAAACACAGACAUCUCUCCGUUCAAACUAGAGCAGAGGAAGUCAGUCGAGGAGGAUACCAGGUAUAGAUACGUGCGGAGACUGGUGCACUACGAUGACUACAUCCAGACAGCGUCUGGGACUCAUGCUAUCUCCUUCUCUGUCAGUCAGGACAUAGAUCUACUUGGAUGUCAGCUCUAUGGCCCGUAUGAUGAUAAAGUGUACACUCUCAGUAUCAGGCUGUUUGACCAGAAGAACAAGGUGGUGGCCGAACCAUUACAGAAGGCGAAGCGGAAGUUUCAAGGUCGUGGGCAGGUCACGGACAUUUUCUUUCCUGCAUCCGUGCCCCUGCAGCCAGAGUCUGUCUAUACCAUCUGCUUAGACAUGAAUGGGGCUUACAGUUUCUGGGGGUCCGGGGGAAAGACGUCAGUUACUGCUGCUGAUGUGACCUUCACCUUCUCAGAUUCCAAGAAGAGCACGACGGGAACCUCAAAACAUGGAGGCCAACUCCCUGCUCUAAUUUUCAAGUAAACUGAAAAAAAUGUAUCACCAUGUUGUCGUCUAAUCAAUGAUUAGUCCCAAUUUGUACAUAACAGAUAUGUGUCGUUUCAAUUACCAGGGCGGUCGGGUAGGCUGGUAGUUAAAGCGUUCGCUCGUCACGCCGAAACCCCGGGUUCGAUUCCCGACAUGGGUACAAUGUGUGAAGCCCAUUUCUGGUGUCCUUCGCCGUGAUAUUGCUGGAAUAUUGCUAUGGACGAAUACCUCUAUUCUGUGAUCGAGGGUUCGUCCUCAUUGUGGUUAUUGGCGUGUCAGUAUGUCAUACCGUAGACAAUACAGUAAGGGCACCUAGCAUGUAACAAAAUCAAAAUGCCAUAUAUGUAGGGGUCGAUUAUUAAAAUUUCGCAGUGGGCUGUUGCCUUUGAACAGAAAGUUAUUGCUAUAAUAAGAGAAACAACAAAUGAAGUUUUACUUUGAAUGAACACCUGAUAUGGGGUUUUACUUUGAAUAAACACCUGAUGUAGGGUUUUGCUUUAAAGUAAACCUGUGAUAUGGAGUUUUACUUUAAAGAAAACUCUGACAUGGGGUUUCACUUCAAAUAAAACUCUGCAAUGGGGUUUCACUUUGAAAAAACCCCACUGAUAUGGGGGUUCACUUGGAAGAAAACUCUGACAUGGGGUUUCACUUUGAAAACCCCCCACUGAUAUGGGGGUUCACUUGGAAGAAAAACCUGAUGGGGGGUUUUACUGUGAAUAAAAACCAAUUGUGGUGGUGUCUCCUUGGACAAGAGAUUUUGUUCGGAAUGUCUCUGUCGACCCAGUAGUGAAUGGAUGCCUGGUAGGGUGGAAUAGUAUUGUAACUGUUAACCUUUUGGUGCCUCAUAAGGCACGUUGGACUGUAUACUUCCCAGGGAGCUGAGAAUGAAAUUCGAGUACACACUGGCCUAUUGAUCGGGGUAAUAAUGUGGCGCUUUUCAUUGCCCAUAUUGUCAGAAGGCUCUAUUCCAGGCAGCAAACCCCGGUACUCUCCCGAUGUCAGUCAACAGCGAUAUAUUCCGUAAGCGAGCUCCGCAUAUUUGCCAUGUUUUUCCUCAAUUUUGUCAAUCAGAUUUGUGUCAAAAGCACUGCAAAAAUAUAUACAAGCUUUUAUAUGCUUUGGAUAAAUGAUAUAUCCAAAUUUUAGAUAGAUGAUAUAUCCAAAAAUAUACAAUUUUGUAUAUAUGAUAUAUCCACAAUUGUUUUUCUUUGUGUACAUUGGUAAAGGGAUAUAACUGCUAUAUAUUCGUAUAUAAUUAUUAUGUAUGUACAAAAUGCAGUGUUUCAAGUUGA